AUCGAGCGGGGCGUGCCGGAGGACUUCUCGGCUUUCGGGUCUCAGAGCCCUGCUGCAUACCCUGACGUAAUACACCACCCUGACGUCACCUUUCCCUGUGUAACGUGACGCAGAGCAUGAGCCUUGGGCCUCUUUGUCCCUCCUGACCAAGGUGUACGGGCAGGAUGGCCUCGCCCCUUAGGAGCAAGUCCUCCUCCCCGCGAGUGGAAAGCACCCGCCACAAGGAGACAUCGACUGUCCGCGUGGAGACAUCGUCCCACCGCGAGGAAACGUCAUCCCACCGCGUGGAGACGUCCUCCCGGCAGGUUCGAACGUCUUCCCGGCAGGUGGAGACCUCCCAGCGCCACCGAGAGGGGCCCUCCCUCACCCCCUCCACAAAGCGACUCCCUCAGUUCCUCGAGGUGUCCUCCCAGCACGUGGAAACCUCCUCGCAGUGCACGGAAACGUCCUCCCGCCACGUCAGGGCGUCAUCAUCCCUGCGGGUGGAGACUACUGUGCACCGCGUAGAGAGCCCAGCCAGGAGAGACAAGCAAGCCGCUCGGCAGAGUGCCAGAAUGGCUCGAUGAUGUGCCAUGGUCCUUAGCCAGGACUGAAGAGUUGCCAGCCAGCCAGCCAGCUUCCAGGAGAGCCGAGCAUCUUUGGUUUCAUGGAAACAGCCUAUAAAUCAGUGGAAGAAACAGGCUGUGGUUUCUAGGAGCUCUUAACAUGAAUUGACAUUGCAGCACCUUAGACCAUCCUGCUGUUGACCCCAGUGUACUAUUAACUUGAAGCCAGCACAGAAGGGUUUCAGAUUUGUAGUGCUGUAUAAACCCAGCUGAUGGACAAAGAGAUUCUUUGAGUCUUUACACCAGUAGUAUUUGGAAGACUGGAAUGUGCCUCUGGAAAGGCCAGGCUCCUGCUUCUGGAUCAUGGGUGCUUCAGGAAGGAUCCUGGUAGAUUCCCUGUUGUCCUUGCCUCAUAAAAGAGAUUUUUAUCUAGGUUUCUUCCUCCAUAUUUCACUUAUUCAUGUUUCAAAAGCUGGAAUGCGAGAGAGAGAGAGAGAGAGAGAGAGAGAGAGAGAGAGAGAGAGAGAGAAUGAAUAAAUGUGACGAACACGUUUGCCAAUAAAUCUAUAUUAUACAUUCCACAGCUUCAAACUGAGAGUGUGUUUCCAUGAAGGUGGUUGCUAACGUGCCUGUUGCACUUUGUAAAUGUUACUGUUAGUCAUGCCACGUGUCUUCCUCAUUGUUCUCUGUAGGAAAUAGUGCUGCUGUGCCCAGCAUGUGUUACACAGUGUUAAAGACAGCAUGUGCAACAAUAAUGGAUGAAGAACAGUAUUCUCCAUUUGCAGUGGAGAAAGCCUUUAAUGACACAGUCUAACAAUUGGAUUUAUUAUGCUGGGUAAUAGUUGUGUCUUGCCUUUAGCUGUACCAGCCAGGUUAGUUUGAAAAACUAAAUAAAUGCAAAUUCU